UUCGACGCCGUAAAAAAAGCGUAAUGGAUUCUGAGUUAGGUUGUUAAAUUCCGCGAUAGACACAUCGAUUUAAAGGAGAGUUUGAAUUUAUUGUUGUCAAAUGAACACAAUGGAGGUGACGGAAACUAUUGUAGUACCAAAUAAUGAGGGGGAAGAGAAAGAAAAGGUCGUUUCCGGUUCCAUCGGGAAUAAAACAAGAGCAGAAUUUAUUUGGACGGUGCAAGUUACAUGGCAGCUGGUCAACACCCGUCUGGAAAUGGACCAAGCCUUCGACCAGCCCGUGUGCAAGAAGAAGAAGCUGUGGGAGCUGGUGGCAGAGAAAGUCAACAGCAAACUGAGGGAGUCGCAGGUCACAGACUUCACAGUAAAAGCAUUCGAGUGCGAUCUCAAGUGGAGGAACAUGCUGGCCACAUACAGGAAGAACGCGGAGCGGGCGAAGCGGCUGGGCCCGGCCAGCGUGCACUGGGAGUUCUUCAAAGCCAUGCAUGAGGUCCUGGGGAAGAGCCGAGACGAGAUCGAAGCCCAGCGCAGGGCCAAGCUCAGCGGCACUCGGGUGGGGAAGGCUAUGGCGAGCAAGAGGUUUACACCCAUCCUGCCCACGCCUCCCACUACGCCCGCUCCUUGUCCCGCCAAGCCUCCGCAGGACGUCCUGCAGCUGUACCUGGAGUUGCAGGAGAGGAAGAUGAACAUGUGGGCGCAACAGAAAGCUCUGGAGGAGCGGAAAAUAGAGGCGAUCAACAAUCUGGCCCAGGCCAUCUCCAGCCUGGCUCAGAAGAACAGGACGACAAAGGAAGGACAGUAGAAAAGGAACGGCUUCUGUCAGACUAUUUUUUUACUUCAUCUUUCAGGAUGGCUCACAUUUAAUCUUAAUGAUAUUUAAGCUAAUUCCAUACCACAAACAGGUUGUUGUUUUUAAGAGAGUCCCAAAGAAUGCGACAAUAAUUUAUUUUUGUAUCCAUAUAGCCUUAAUAAUCACUGGGAAAUACUAACAAUUUUACUAGAAACAAAUGUGAAGCAACUAACAAUCAAAAGAAGAGACUAAACUAUUUUUUAUAGUUUCAAAAAUAUCUUUAUCGGGAAGAUUGAUAAUAACUACAGCGAGUCUGCCCUCCUCUGGUCAUUCAACAUGAACAAUCACGGAUUUUAUUGCUUUUAAGAAAAUAACUAUCACACUGAGCUUUGGUCAUUAACAUUUCCUACUUUUCAAGAACUCUGUUGCAGAAAUUCAUAGUUUUUGUACAUUUUUCUGUUUGGUUGUUAGUGAAAAUAGAUGUAUUAGUUACUCUGA